UAUUUUGGACAAAUAUGGCUGCAAUUUAAUUCACGAUUUUACACACUGAUCUCAUCUUCAUUCGCAUUUAUCCCUUCAAAUUUCACAUCUUUACGUUACAGCUUUUGAAACCCAUAUAUGUAUACAUCUCAUCUUCCUCUCUACCCUUUUCUUCACAACCCUUCAUCGUCGAUUUCAUGAGGAAUUAGUCAGGACCCCCGGAUUUCCCGCUUGUAACGUCUGUUAUUUUUGAGUAAAACUUCAGUUCCGGGGGGUUUUUGGAUGGGGAUUGGUGGGAUUCUAGCGAAUAAAAAAGACAAUGACACAGUUGAUCAAUUGACAAAGGCGACCAACAAGGGUAAGUCGUCGAGGAACAACCGGCGACGCCAGAAGAAGAUGACACGGGUUCAGAGGCUGUAUGAAAUGUGUAAACAGGUAUUCUCGUCUGUUGAUCCUGGCAUUGUUCCUCCGCCGAAUGAAAUCCAACGGCUGAAAUCUAUUCUGGAUGAAAUGACUCCAGAUGAUGUUGGGUUGAGACCGGACAUGUCAUAUUUUCUUGGGAAUAAUGGUGCCGGUGGUGGUUUGGUCCCAAAGAUAACGUACCUGCACAUUUAUGAAUGUCCCAAGUUCUCGAUUGGUAUCUUCUGCUUGCCGCGAACCAGUGUCAUCCCAUUGCAUAACCAUCCUCAGAUGACCGUGCUGAGUAAGCUUCUGUUCGGGACAAUGCACAUAAAAUCAUACGACUGGGCAGACACUAAUGUUCUUUCAAAUGUUAAUGUUGGUGAUGGAGUAGGGAGAUUAGCAAAGUUGAAGGUGGAUGGCGAAUUCACGGCCCCUUGUGGGACUUCAAUCCUGUACCCUGCUGAUGGUGGAAACAUGCAUUGCUUCACUGCCUUGAGUUCUUGCGCCGUUUUGGAUGUGUUGGGCCCGCCUUACUCCGAUCCGGAAGGCCGCCAUUGCACCUACUAUCUCGAAUAUCCACUUUCCACCCUCCCUGCAGCAGCAUCUUCUUCUGAUGUAGCAGAGGCCUUGCCCGAGUCUUCUUCGUCGUCUUCAUCGCCAUCCGAUAUAGAUAAGAGAAGCCAUGCUUGGCUCAAGGAGAGGAAGGAUAAUCCGGAGGAUCUAACUGUUGUUGGUGGUUUGUACAGUGGACCUGCAAUUAAGGAGAAAUGAUCAUUAGAGACAGAAUUGGGGUUUUUUAUUUGGAUACAUUUUCUUUCUUUCUUGUUUGGUUUGAGUUUCUGUAGAAACUAUUAUGACAUUAUAUAUUUUAGAAACAACAAAACAGGUUUAUAGGAUCAUUUCAAAACAAACAAAAUCCUUGAUUAAUUAUUCA